UACAAAGGAUAAAGAAACCUUUAUAAGUCCAUGGUGCGCGUAUAUUAUGUUAAAAAUCAAAACAAAUAACAAUUAAUAAGUUAUAAUUCAUACUUUAAGUCUGAUACUUUAUAUAGGCUACAGCACACGUGUUAUUGCCUUUGCUUUUUACGUGUCUACUCCCCGAGUAGAAUAAUAAGAGAAAGUAAAAUGAAAGUGUGUGAAUCAUGGGUAAAAUCUUAAUUUUUAAUAGCCAAUGGUCAAUGGUCGCACGAUUAUUAUCUAACAUUAUAGUCAUUAGACGUGGGAUAAUAUAAACUAUAAUAUUUGUGCUACGACGACGCAAGUUCGUUUCAAUUCUCUCAACUACUAUAAUUCAAACGUAACAAAGUUCGAACGUUUAUGUUAAAACAUUAAAGAAAAUUGACGAGGUCAACAAGUUAUCGAUAUUAUAGUUUACCAUAAAAUAUUAACAUACAGGUAGGUCGGCUAUCAUUUUAAAAGUUUGUGAUUUUUUGUUACUAUUUCCAUGUCUCUCAUAUCAUUAAUUCGAACUAUUCGAUCAAUAGCUAUUUCACCUAAAUUUCGAAGACAGAUGACGAAAAUGUAUUCAAGUACCAACAAACCGUUGGAUGGUCAUGUGGCCAUUAUUACUGCGUCUACUGAAGGAAUUGGUUUUGCAACUGCUAAACAAUUAGUCGUCGAUGGAGCUUCAAUAAUGAUUAGUAGUCGUAAAAAGAGCAACGUUGAUAAAGCUGUCGAAAUUCUUCAAAACGAAUUUGGAGAAAAUAAAGUGCACGGUGUUGUAUGUCAUGUGUCUAAAAAAGAAGAUAGACAAAAUUUAAUCCAAGAAACGAUAAACAAGUUUGGUUGUAUUACUAUAUUUGUAUCGAAUGCUGCAACCAACCCAGUAUCUGGUUCUGUUCUCGACUGUCCGGAUGAAGCAUGGGAUAAGAUAUUUGACAUAAAUGUUAAAAGUGCAUUUUUAUUAACUAAAGAAAUUGCUCCUCACAUAAAAUCUCGCGGUGGAGGUUCAAUUGUCUAUGUUUCUUCAAUCGCCGGUAUCAAUCCUAUGCCGAUGCUUGGGGCGUACUCUGUUAGUAAAACAGCACUUCUAGGACUGACCAAAGUGGUCGCAGCAGAUUUAGCAGAGCACAAUAUAAGGGUGAAUUGUGUCGCUCCUGGUAUUAUAAAAACCAAAUUUGCAUCGGCUCUGACUGAAAAUGAAUCUCUCAGUGAAUAUUUGCUUCAAAUGAAACUUAUGAAAAGAUUUGGUCGACCUGAAGAAAUUGGCUCGGUGAUAUCAUUUUUAUGUUCACCAUCUGCGUCAUUUAUAACUGGAGAAGUUUUAGUAGCCUCGGGUGGCAUGACAUCAAGACUAUAAUGUUGAAUACUACAGCGAAUGAGUGUGUCCAUUUGAAAAACGUAUGAAAAUUUGACCCGUUGAAUGUUAUUUUUUUUUCUUGUUACAAGGUACCCAUAUAAUAAUUACAAAACAUAUCUAUGUAGAUAGGGGAAGUAAAGGUUUAUUGUACUGGCAGUAGAAAUAGUAUUAAUUGUAUAGAUUUUGUUUCCAAAAAACUAUAUAUCAUUUAUUAUAAAUACCUAUUAAUAGUUUUUGUAUAAACAUACAUAAUAUUAUAUUAUACGAACAAAAAUAUUGUAUGUUAUCAAAACAAUGUGUAUAAUUAAGAUUGGAUGUUGGUUGUGUAGUUUAAUGUAUAGUAAGAGUAAAGAUAAAAGUUAAUAAAGGUUUCAUUUGUUGACGGUGUA